UGGUCACAGAGACUGAAACAAAGGUCUGAGAAAAUAUAAACUAAGAAAAAAAACAAAAAACCUCAUUUCUUGAGCUGUGCACCUACUCCAACCACAUGUAUCAUCAUCUCUUGUUAGAAUAUCUCCAGGCCCCUCUUCACCCCUCCAUAUUAUGUCCCUCUCUUUCUAUCACCACGAACAACAAAAACAUUAACAUUUGAUAGACAACUUAAAAAUCAAAUAGUGAAGCUGUGUCUUGUUGUGGUGCUUGUUGUCUUUAUUAAAAGAAACUGUACGUAAAUAUUUUUCUAUUUUGUUGAUUUUGGAGAAAUGAGAGUGAGAGGUAAUUAUGCGUACCCUUUGUGACGCUUGUGAAAGUGCUUUUGCUAUUGUUUUCUGUGCUGCUGAUGAGGCCGCACUUUGCCUUGCCUGCGAUGAGAAGGUCCAUAUGUGCAACAAACUUGCGAGCAGGCAUGUUCGAGUGGGUCUGGCGAAUCCCAGUGAAGUUCCUCCUUGUGAUAUAUGUGAAAAUGCACCUGCUUUCUUCUACUGUGAGACAGAUGGAAGUUCCCUUUGCUUGCAAUGUGAUAUGACUGUUCAUGUUGGAGGUAAAAGAACACACAGGAGAUAUCUUCUGUUGAGACAAAAAAUUGAGUUUCCAGGGGAUCAACCUCAGCCUGAGGACCCAGCACCGCAACCUAUGUAUCCAGGGGAGACAAGAAGAGGACAGAAUAGGCCACAAAAGGCAACAGCAGGAGAGAACAGACAGAAUCUCCAAGUUUCUCCAGUUCUGAUGUCGGUCACUAAUUCUGAUGGGCAUGAUAAGGUGGAUAAGAAAAUGAUUGAUUUGAAUAUGAAGCCUCAUCGAAUUCAUGAAUAUGCUUCAAAUAAUCAGGAACAAUAAUAUUUUUAUGUUAACGGGAGUGGUCGCGAAGCUGAAAGCAGGAUUCCUAUGUUGCCUGGAAAGCUGGAGAAGAGCAGGGUUUUUUCUAUGCUUCUCUUAUCAAGUAGUUGGCAUUUCAUGUUUCACUAUUUCAUUUUCUUCUCUCCUGUUUUCCUUUGAUAUGGAUGAUGUGCUUUUAAGUCUUGCGGAUGGAUUUUUACCAAUGAUGCGGUUUAGUUGUUUAGACAAGCUUUGGACGGUA